AUGCACUUCCUCCCGACGCUCUCGGCCCUCGUCCUCGUCCUCGCCCUCGCCCUCGCCCAAGCGGCCCCCGCACCUCUCCCGACGCUUGCCCCCGCCCCUGCUGCACCCGACCGCCUCGACGACCGCACCGCGAGCCGCCUCUCGGCCCUCGCCGGCGCCUUUGAGCGCCAGAGCGCCGGCUUGAGCGCCUUUGUCGCCGACGCCUCGUCGUCGCGCGCCUCGGUCCUCUCGGUCGCGAGCGCCGCCGCCGCCGCUGCGAGCCACUCGAGCGUAUCCGCCCUGCGCAACUCGAUCGUGUCGGCCAACCGCGCAAAGCAGUCGGCCUACGUCGCCUCGUCGCGCGCGUCGGUCGCGUCGGUCGCAGCGGCAGCGGCGAGCCGCUCGAGCGUGUCGAGCGUGCGCAACGCGGUCGUGUCGAGCAACCGCGCGAGGCAGUCGGCGUACGUCAGCUCGUCGAGGGCUGCGGCUGCCGCAGCAGCGACGAGGACGAGCGGCUUCGCGACCGUCACGGCGACGAAAGCGCCGACGACGGCAGCGCCCUGA